GUGAGCGGCGACCGCGGGGGAGAGCAAAAUGGGCAUCUUUUCUGGGCUUCUCCGAAGGGAUGGAUGGGAUUUAGAAGAAAGAGACGCCCGCUGGAGCUAGGCGGGGGCUCGUCCCUGGGACCGGCAAGCAAGCUUGGUCAAAGCGAGGUCCUGGACACUGCUGGUCAAGAAGAAUUCAGUGCAAUGAGAGAGCAGUACAUGAGGACAGGAGAUGGCUUCCUCAUAGUCUAUUCGGUCACAGAUAAAGCCAGCUUUGAACAUGUGGAUAGGUUCCAUCAACUCAUUCUUCGAGUUAAGGAUAGAGAAUCUUUUCCAAUGAUUUUAGUGGCCAACAAAGUUGAUCUAAUGCAUUUGAGAAAAAUCACCCAGGACCAAGGGAAGGAAAUGGCAGCCAAGCACAAUAUUCCAUAUAUAGAAACUAGUGCUAAGGAUCCUCCACUGAAUGUUGACAAAGCCUUCCAUGAUCUUGUUCGAGUAAUCAGGCAACAAGUUCCGGAAAAGAACCAGAAAAAGAAAAAGACCAAGUGGCGAGGAGACAGAGCAACUGGUUCCCAUAAACUGCAUUGUGUGAUUUUGUGACUGUCUCUUCCUGUGUUUCUCUUUUUUUUUUCCCAUUCCAACUUGAAUCAAUUGUACAACCUAACUGCAACUUGACUUUUCAAGAAAACAGUUCCUGCCCAAAAGAACUCAAAGGGAAAAGUUCUGGGUGUUCUCGAGAUUCAACCACAUGAUUAUUUGGCACAUCAUGCAGAAUCGGUUUACCUAAAAAAAAAGAAAGAAAGAAAGAAAAAGAAACCUGCUCCAAAGCAGGGGCAAAAAGAAAGAAAAAUCGAAGUUUUAUGACUGUCGGCCAUCUCAAUAGUCUUUAUUUUAAAAUUACGUGGGUGACUAAAAAUGUUUUAUCUGCAAGUGUUCCCAAGGGGAACUUACUUCUAAACAGUCUUUAAUGGCUUUACUUAGUACUGAGCGUGUUGUCAAUCAGGGUCAAUAUUUCCUUUCUUGACAGAAUUUCCUUUUGCACUGGAUUCCCAGAUAUGUCUUCAGAGGUGCAAAUCGUGUGUGUGUGUGUGUGUGUGUGUGUGUGUGUGUGUGUGUGUGUGUGCAAAAGAAACUGGUGUGUAACCAGAUCUUUAUAAGGCAGUGCCAGCAAAAAGGAUGAAGGAACGUGAGGAGUGGGUUGUCAGUCCCCAUCUGGGUUGUUCAUCCUAUGUGCCGGGUUGUGUUUUGUCAGUAAAAGGCUACUCUGAAAGAGUGGGAGGGCAGCCAUUUUGCUAGCCUGAGAAAUAUUUAAAUUAAAUGGUUAUUUACAAAUAAUAAAUAGUACUUUUCUUUUGCUUUUGUUAUUUUGAAGAAAAGAAACAUGGAUAAAUGUUGAUGUAGAUGUAAACUGAAUCCAUAUGAUGCCCGGCUAUGAAUAAUAUCAGAAAAUGUGCUGAUUCUGUGCUGGUUGAUAACUUUUGGCUUUUUUGUCUAAGCCUCAUAAUGUAAUGCCAGUUUUCCCAUUAUAGUACUUCUAGAUAGUUUGAAUUUCUAUUUGGAAACAGAAAAUGUCUUCUUCAGUAAAGCAGUUACUGUUCUCAUGCCAUUAAUACAUUCCUAUAUUCAGAA